GGGACACCGCUGAGCUGCGCGUCACUUUUUCCCAGGGAGGCGAAAGGCUUCAUUCGUGCAGGGGAGGGUGUUCGCCUGAAAAAGAUGAAAAGACCUGUGCCUUUAAGAGGGCUGCCUCCCCUUUCCCUCAUGCUCCCCCUCAAUCACACAGACACUCCUCCAGUGAGCAUUUGUGAGGCAGCUCCUGUCCCUUAUGUCUUUUUGUGGGGAAAGGAACACACUUCUUUCAGCAUCACUGGAGACGACACAGAGCUCCAGGGAAGACGCCCCAGGUGCAGACCUUCAAACAGCUCCGGCCUUAACAACAGAGGUUACCCAGAAGAUGCGAUACACACACACUCAUGCUGGAGUCCAACAUUUUGGACGAGGAUGGAACUUAACAACCGGGUCAGCGCAAGAGUUUUGAACUGAGGCCGACAUGAUCAUACAUCAAGAUCAACGAGGCUGGAUCAGCUCCCUCGGAAAAGGUGGAGUCUUCAUUUGAGCUUUUACUUUCUCUUUGUUGAAAGUUUUGUCAGAGAAGAAUGAUCAAAGUACCCCGUUUCUUUUGCAGCUAUUAUGGAUAAAAGCGGCAUCGGAAAUAUGUGCUAUUGAAGCAAAAGGGAUAAUUUAGCAUACUUUUUCUUCAUUAUUUUUAUCUGUCUCCAGAGCACUUUCUAAAUAGACAUUGGUGGUAUGAAAUUGAGAUGCUCUUAAAGAACAACUUGAACGGUCCCGACAGUGUUCUUAAUUCGCCAGCCAGGCGUUUAUCUUAUUUCUGCAGCUCGUUCACGGAGGGAGAGUUAAAGACUCCAUUGAUAGUGCUCUUGGGGAAGGGCUAAUAAUUCCUCGCUUAUAUGAAGUCUUCAAAACUUUCCAGCUGUUGACUAAAAGUGUCACAGAUGUGAGGAAGUGAUGCAGACUGGACUGACAGUGGAGCACUGAGGACAGGAGACAUGUUCACAGGGUGCGGAGUGGUCAGUGGUCAGAGUCAGUACCUGGUCCGAGACAUCGUCAGGCCCCACCCAGGAGUGGAAGUGAGUGGAGCUACCCACACGGAGAAUGGUGUAACCUCGGGGUCCUGUCAUGUCCACCAGGGUCAAACCUGCAGUAGUGCUGACCAGCAGGCAGUCGUCAGAAAUGUUUCUGCACCCUAAAACCAGUGCCACCAUCUACCCCUAUGCCUGCUCUCAAACUGGGCAGGAAGGGUUCAAGAAAGUCUGCCGAACCGAGGAGGACAGUCCAUGUCCCUUUCCGGGACUUGCCUCUGGGGUGUUGGAGAUGCGUGUGAAGGAGGGCAGUAAGAUCCGUAACUUGAUGGGAUUUGCCAUGGCACGAAUGCAAGGAGAGAUAAGUGUGAGAGAUGGCGGCAGUGGUGACGGUGGGCUCAGACAAGUUGUCUUCACCGGCUCGGGUCGUGCUGUCACCAAAACCAUCACUUGUGCUGAGAUCAUGAAGCGUAAGGUGGGCUCUCUGCACCAGAUGACCAAACUACAAUACAUGGUGAAGGAGGUGUGGGAGAGCAACGAAGGUCACACAUCAGAGAUGACGGUGCACAGGACGGUGCCCUCCAUCAGCAUCCUCCUCUCCAAAGACCCCCUGGAUACUCAGGAACCAGGCUACCAGCCUCCAGAGACACUCAGUGCAUUGUGGGAGGAGAAAGAGGGCACCGGUAUCCCGCAAACAGCGUGCAAGAGACCUCUUCAACCCUCAUCGUGCAGCAGCUUUCCUUCUUUUAAGAGGGUGUGUAUGGGGGAAGGCGUCCUCCCCCUCGCUGACUGACUGAUUGACUGACUGACUGAACUGGUGUGAAACAGUAAAGAGAAUUGAAUCAGUGGAUUUCAUUUGGCAUUGCCCUCCACCCAAGCACAAUGCUGAGACAAUCAGAACAGUCACUCAGACAGAACAAUGUUUUCUGAGAAGAACUGAGUACCAAUUCCGCCUCCAGAGGUCAGG